AACAGAGCUGUCCUGAGCUGGGAACUUGUUUGUUUGUCUGUGGAGAGGGAGGCCUGACACUGAGGCCAAGCAAACAUUUGGUUAUGGAUUAACUUGGGUUCCAGUCUAUCAUGGCGGUGAGAGGGCAGCCUUGCAGUUUCUCCGCGGCCCACUCCACUUCUGCUGGGCAUUAGCACACACAGGAGCCCCCUUCAUCCAGCUCCAUGGGUGGGGGCAGGUGGGCCUGCUCGAAGCUCAGAAGUCCUCCUCAGACAGGUGGCAGCAACUCCAGAAUGUGGCAACUUGCAAGCCUCUUACUGCUCCUGAUCAUCUGGGCAGUUUCCAGCACACCAGUUCCUCCUGACUCAGUGUUCUCCAGCAGCCAGCGGGCCCACCAGAUGCUGCGCAGCAAACGCGCCAACUCCUUCCUGGAGGAGCUGCGGCCCAGCAGCCUGGAGCGUGAGUGCAAGGAGGAGACCUGUGAUUUCGAGGAGGCUCGGGAGAUUUUCCAAAACACGGAAAACACAAUGGCCUUCUGGUCCAAGUACCAUGACGGGGACCAGUGCGCGGUCUCGCCCCCUGAGCACCUGUGCGACAGCCCGUGCUGCGGGCGUGGCACCUGUAUCGACGGCCUGGGCGGCUUCCGCUGCGACUGCGCUCAGGGCUGGGAGGGCCGCUUCUGCCUGCACGAGGUGCGCUUCUCCAACUGCUCGACGGAAAACGGUGGCUGUGCGCACUACUGCCUGGAGGAGGAGGGCGGGCGCCGCUGCCGCUGCGCGCCAGGCUACCGGCUGGGGGACGACCACCUGCAGUGCGAGCCAAAGGUGAAGUUCCCUUGCGGGAGGCUAGGGAAUCGCAUGGAGAAGAAACGCAAGAGCUUGAAGCGUGAUACAGACCAAGUUGACAAAAAAGAAGACCAAAUAGAUCCGAGGCUCGUCAAUGGGAAGCAGUCCCCAUGGGGAGAGAGCCCCUGGCAGGUGAUCCUGCUGGACUCAAAGAAGAAGCUGGCCUGUGGGGCAGUGCUCAUCCAUGUCUCCUGGGUGCUGACAGCGGCCCACUGCUUGGACGACUACAAGAAGCUCACUGUCAGGCUCGGCGAAUAUGAUCUGAGGCGUCGGGAAAAAUGGGAGGUAGACCUGGACAUCAAGGAGUUCCUCGUCCACCCUAACUACACCAGGAGCACCAGUGACAAUGACAUCGCCCUGCUCCGCCUGGCCGAACCGGCCACUUUCUCGCAGACCAUCGUGCCCAUCUGCCUCCCAGACAGUGGCCUCUCUGAGCGUGAGCUCACCCGGGUUGGCCAAGAGACGGUGGUGACCGGCUGGGGCUACCGCAGCGAGGCCAAGACAAACCGCAGCUUCAUCCUCAACUUCAUCAAGGUCCCUGUGGCCCCGCACAAUGAGUGCGUCCAGGCCAUGCACAACAAGAUCUCUGAGAACAUGCUGUGUGCAGGCAUCCUGGGGGACUCUCGUGAUGCCUGCGAGGGCGACAGCGGGGGGCCUAUGGUGGCCUCCUUCCGCGGCACUUGGUUCCUGGUGGGCCUGGUGAGCUGGGGUGAGGGCUGUGGGCGCCUCCACAACUAUGGCGUUUACACCAAAGUCAGCCGUUACCUCGACUGGAUCCAUGGCCACAUCAGAAUGGAGGAGGCCUUCCACAAGAACCAGGUGCCUUAGUGUCUCCCUACCCCACUGCUUGGGCCCCAGAGGCCAUCCUCGGGUGGGGGCUGGUUUGUUGAAUGGCAACAGUAGGACAUUAAAGGGGCAUGCAGUAAGCACACCA